AUGGAUUUCCUCAAAGCCCAGUUUACUAAGAUUUCUAAACUCAAACUUGUGAAUCUUUCAAAGAGUACCCUUUUUAUUACGGGCGCAGAUUCCGGUCUCGGAUUAGAAUCCGCUCGUGAGAUUCUUCUCUCCAAGCCAGAACGUCUGAUCCUUGCUGUGCGCGAUAUCAAAAAAGGCAAUGUCACAAAUAAAGAGCUACAAAAUGAAAUGAUGUUAAGCAUUCAAAUCGAUGUGCACAAGUUGGAUCGUUCGAGCUUUCUUCCUGUCCAGAAUUUUGUCAAAGGACUUGAGGGUCAACGUAUUGACAUAGCAAUUCUGAACGCAGGUAUGAAGCACUUUGCUGGUGUAAUUGUCAACUCGAACUAA